UUGCGUGGGCAGCAGUACUGUUAUAGUUGUAGGCCUAUAGGCCUUGCACUGACGAGAGCGCUGGUUCACUCGAGGCUGCCCGAACCCUUCAGAUACUGCACGUCAGCGAGCGGACACGCAGGCCUGUGAUGAUGACUGACGCCUGUAUUUGACUCUCAGCAGCACUUAUCCCUACCAGAAACGUUUUUUUCCCUAUCCUCACUCUAUCUAUCUAUCUAUCGCUCGCGCUCUCUCUCUCUCUCUCUACGUCCGUCGUCCGUUCUUUCUGAGUGUGUGACCAAAAGCCUUGUGUUGCUUCCGUCACAGCCGCCUCUCGUGUGACACAAGUCGAGACAGAGGACACAGGAAGGGUGGAGAGUUUUCGGGACAUACACACACACGCAUACACACAGACGACGGACACGUAUUUGGAAAACCGCAAGUGUUUGCACGGACUGCCGCUAUCACCUAACUGAAAACUUUCUUGUUUUACCUCAAGCGACAUUGGUGACGGAGUUAUUUCUUCUGUUUUGUGUGACACUAAUUUACAGCACAGACUACUAUAGUUAUUUACGUGGAGGGUAUUCCGAUUUAGUACUCUGUCGUAGUGAGUAAAUUGAGUCUGACUGGUGGUGAAUAUUGGUCGGUGUGAAAAUCGGUGAGUCCGUGCAGAUUGUAAGCUCUCUCCAGAACUUUACACACAGCCAGUGCUUAUUUUUUAAUUCCUGAUUCUGGAAGCGGUACUCAGCUGGCGACGUGCAUCGUUGUUAGGAAAAGUAGAUCUCAGAUUAACUUGAAAGGACUUGAGUUCUGUUGAAGACAAUUAUAUUUAAGUGGAGUCGUUGGAUAGGUAAUUGACUGUUGUGUUGGUCGACUUCCAGGCCAUGUUCAUCUGCAGCUGUUUGCCUCGGAAUACACUGGUGCAGCUUGCAUCUUUUCCGGCGAUAUUCUAGCGUUUGGGAGUCUUCCUCGUCCAACUGAUUCUCUCUACCUGGCGCCUGCAUGACCGGAUCGUGUCGAUAGCGCCGUAACGUUCAACACCAGACUCAGAUUCUGCUUUGGCUGUAUGACUCAUAAACUAACCAGAUCGUGUGAGAGCCAUCGAGUGUGAGCACCGUCGAUUGUUUGUUCGAGGCCUCGCGGCGCCCCAGCACAGCCAUCACGUUGGAGGGCAACAAGACACACACCAAAGCCAUGGGACGCAAGAAAAUACAAAUCUCCCGCAUCGGGGAUGAGAGGAACAGACAGGUGACUUUUACCAAACGCAAGUUCGGCCUGAUGAAGAAGGCGUACGAGCUGUCUGUGCUGUGUGACUGUGAGAUAGCGCUCAUUAUCUUCAACUCGUCCAGCAAACUGUUCCAAUACGCCAGCACCGACAUGGACAAAGUGCUUCUCAAAUACACAGAGUACAACGAACCUCAUGAGAGUCGCACCAACAAGGACAUUAUAGAGAAAAUCGAAAUGCGUGCAGGGAAUAGCGUGGGCGAGCGGGACGGGCCCUCCUCCACCCUCUCCUCUCAUCCUUCUUCCUACAUGGCGCUUAACAAGAAAGAGCACAAGGGUUGUGAGAGCCCGGAGCCCGUGGACAGCGAUCCCUAUGGGGGCGGUUUGCGGGUGGACGAGAAGUAUGACAGGAUCCCUGAUGACUACCAGCGGGUCAUGCAUCAGAACGCCAUGCGGCAUUCGAUGCAGCAGUACAAUCAAAUGCAGGCUUCGAUCAACAUGCCUCUGCAUGGGGCGCCUCCUGGCAUGUACCCCUCCCCCCAGCCUGGCCUCAUGCCGCCCACCCCCCAGCCGCCCCACCACAAUCAUGCAAUGUCCGGCUCACCAGGCCUGCUUCAGCCACCCCCGCAGGUGCUCAGCCCACGCCCUCACUCGACAGGAGGCAUGUCGGAUCACAUGAGCCACUCCCCGGUACCCAAUGGCUACCCCCAGCACAUCUCCCCCUGCAGUUCCCCUGGCGGCCUCUCCACGGCUUCCCCGAACAUGAUGGUCCACAACGGCAGCAGCAACAUGUCCCACCACAAGACCUCGCCCAGUGUCACACCCUCCGCCACGCCCACACCACAACAGUUUCGUCCCAGCCCAAACAACAUGCGCAUGAUGGGACCCACACGGCCGGACCACUUAGGAGUACCUGAGAAUCGAUCUCCAAACUGCCUGACUCCUGGAAUGCCCAUGGGAUCCUCAAACAUGCCCAACAUGGCCUACUCACAAGGCAUGCCCUCACCCUCAUAUCCUCAAAACGAAUUUCCGAUGAACAAUGCUGAAAUGAAUGCAGGUGGUGGAGUGGGAGGCAUGGGCUUUAACCAAUGGAAUCCAGGCCACAUGAACUCUGUCUCUCCUCAAAAUGCUGGAAUGGUCUCACAUCACAGCCCGACCCCGAUGGGCAACAUAUCGUCUGGCCAGGUAUCUCCCCUGGCCAUCAACACCCUGAGCGGAAUGCGCAUCAAGAGCGAGCCCAUCACUCCACCCCGCGACACAACCACACCCUCUGGCCAGCUCCGGCCACUGUCAAGUGGCACUGGUCAUCUCUCACCCUCAUCAGGAGUUGCUGGUCACUUGUCCCCAUCCUCUGGCAUGCCAGGUGCUGGCCACUUAUCUCCGUCGGGCGGAGGCAACAACAGCGGUGGGGGUGGUGGUGGUGGCGGUGGUGGUGGCUGCAGUGGUGCUAUGCCUGGUCAUCUGUCUCCCUCAAACAUGGGCCCCAUGGGUCACAUAUCUCCGACAGUCCCUGGCCACAUUUCCCCCGCUCAGCAGAUGGCGGCCCACAGUAACAACAACUCCCCCACCACCGGUCAGCACCUGGAUCAUGACAGCCCAAUGGUCAAGAGGUCAAGGAUGGAGGGAUGGACGACAUAAUGAAAGGCUGUGCAGUGGUGUUCCAAAUAAGGACAGAAGCUUCUACUUACGUUCUGCCAGCCUACUUACCUUUGUAACUACCUACCUACCUACUUGCCUGUCUGCGUAUCCACGGGAUAACCUGGCUGUGCAUGUUGUUCAGGUGCUUGGAAUGACCCUUGCGAUCCACGACCACUGUGACCCAUAACCCCUGUGACCCAGGCAGGGUGCCUCUGGACACAGCCUCCACCUAAGUGGGCUGCACUGACUGACUCGGCUGUUUACUGUGUACAUUUUGAUUGCCCCUGUGAAUUGGCUAUCUUUGGCGUUGUCAUGGUCAGUUGCUAGAUAAGCUUGUCUGAAGUGACUUCCGCGAACAGGAUGGAAGAAUGACCGACUACCCGCUAUGCCUUGAUUCACGCUUGCUUGUGCAAUGUCCAUUGUCCAUGGCUGUGAUGAACAAAAGUGCAAAAGCUUCAAGUGUACAGCAGAGAUGGCUUCCUGAGUUUACAUACUCCAGUCCUCGUUUUUGUGAGACUUUUGAUCUGUACGGAUUCGAAUGUUGUUCCCCAACCACUACCAGGCCAUAAAGGAUUGGCAUGUAAAAGUAAAAGGUGUCUGCCUGCUUUCUCAAGAACGAAACAGGAUUGAUGACUUUCAUGUUUUCUCAUGAUCUUCAACUAAGAUAUCUGGGUUAGGUAAACUGAAAUUGUCAACAUGUAAUCUAUAUUUGGAAAGUUAAGUCAUCGCGUAAUGUGUCUGACUUUGGAAAGUCGCACUGGCAGAUGCACGAAGCCGUCUGUUCAGCAAAAGAAAGCACAGAAUGGUAUUCUAUCAAAGACACGGUGUGGUGUUCACCUCUCAUCACAAAAUGUUUGCUUGCAUAGUCUGCUUAGAUGUAAAAUUUUGUUAUUGUUGUUCACAGAUGAUGUUGGUACUGUCUAUUCUCAGUUGUAGAUAGUCCAUCGUUAUUCUACAUGAAUAUCUUAGUGCCGAGACGUUCUUCAAGAUUUUUAUUCCUAAUUCUUCUCACAUGUUCUGUUGUUGUUUUUAUUUCAACUUGGUUUGUCAUUGAUUAUGCUCUUAUUCUUAUUGCUUUGGUCCAAGGGUUGUCUACUUUUCACGUUCAUUUCAACAUCAUUCUAGAAUAAAGAAAAAUUGUGGCGGUCACGAACUGCAGGCUGUCAUUGAAAAGGUGAGGAGAUGUUAACUCCUGGCCCUUAGGAGCACAGGAAAAGCUUCAGCUUGAAAUUGCUUUUCCUGCCGUUUGUAUUUAUCUCUCGUGGAACACAUGAGUGCUGUCUGUUGAGUUGAAGGUUUUAUAAGUGGGAGAGACAACAGUCAGAAAAGUUAUGUUAUAAAAACAAACGUAUGUCUCUUUAGCCUAUGUUAACACAGCUGAAUACACAUAUCAUGGUUGAUUUUUUUGUCAUCGUCGUUGUUGUUGUUACUGUUGUUGUGGAUCACGCUCGAAAUGUUUCGAGAUGUAAAUAACUCCUAUUGACUUUGUGUUCCUCAAGUUUUGGCCUAGUUUUCUUGCUUGGGUUUGGUGUCUGCUGAUAUGUUCACUUGUUGAAGAUGACCAAUGGAAAUCUCACUCCCACUGUGUAUGUGAUGCUUUCCUCCCAGCUUUGAACUAGAACCUAAUAAUAGUAUGCUGUAGUAUGCUGACUGCGAGCAGGCACAUGUUUUGUAAAAAAAUAGCAUACCAAUUUAUGGGUAAAGAAGAGUUGCAACUGAAAAAAAAAAAAGAUGAAAGUACACAGUAAUAUUUAUUCCUCCCAAGGGAUGUCAGCUUUGAUUGACAAGGAAGAAAAGCAGAAAGGAUCACGCGUUGCCUUUUGCUUUUUUUUUAUUGAUUAAGUGUCUGGAAAUCUGUUAUGUCAUAGCCAUUUUUAAAGUACUAACAAAUUAUGAGCUUGGCAUACAAUGCCAACAAAUGGAUUUUUUUUUAGAUGGCUUGGAUUGCAAUAACAUCAUGAUUUGAUAAUCUAAUCAAAAUCAUUAUCGUAAAGCUAAAAAACUGCUCACAUUGCCUUACUAAUUGACAUUCUGUAGGCCAUAACUUUUCAUGUCUGAGACAAAAUCUUGUAAGAUUUGAUAGCUCCCGAUAAAAAAAAUUGUCAAAUUUUGGUUUCUGUCACAAAGAAGGGUCAUCACAGACUUUAUUGCUCUCAAGAAAAUGUUCUUUCUCGUGGUAUUUUCCAGAGCAGCAUGGGAGGGCCAGAAACUGACAGGUUUUACCAUUUAUACUCAUGUCUUCUUUUGAUGUGACAUGUCUUGCCUUCUAGCCCCGUAAGUCUGGACAUGCCUGAUGUGUUAGAUCACAGUUUCGACAUAGUGGCAGAAUGUUUAUAAGAACAAAGUUGUUCUGUUGAUCACUGAAAUGUGAAACAUCUUUGGCUGUAGGGAAGUGUUUGAUAUUGUAACCAAAAAGAUGGUGCAGUUCUAGCUGAUGAGUACCAUAUUUAUAAAGUUGCUUUUUUCUUUUGGGGUUUGUUUAUAUCAUGCUAUUGUAACUGUUUUGUUUAUGUUUUCUGAAGGCAUGCAACAAGUUCCUCAUUGAAGUUCAACUAUUUCUAAAAAUUAACUUUUGUCACAAAGAUUUCUUUUGCAGAAAUUAAGCCCUGAGAUUGUUUUCAGUUCCUUCUCUUCCUCAACCCUCCUUCUCCCUCUUUCUGCUAGCUAAAGCUACUCUUAGCUUUCCCAUUAAAACGCUUGGAUAAAGUGUUUACAGUAACUUGAUGACCUGAAGUUGCAUUUACACCAAAACCUCUCAAGUGUUUCUUUUAGUGUCUCCUUUGUUCACUUACCUGCAUUCAUAAAAUAGGCUGCUCUAAUGAGAACUUAUCAUUGUGAAAAUUAAACACUUUUUUCUUUUACAUGCCAAAAUUGUGUACACCAACAUUGAAACCUUCCAAAUAAAUAACAAACCCACAUUUUAGUCAAAUUUUAAACAGGGAAAGCCAACCACCAAUCCACUUGUGUAGCCGCUACCUUGUGAUCACAACCCAAUAUUCUUUUUAAAGAACGGAGAAGGGGGUCUAGUAUUUACAUAACAUGAAUGCUUUGGUUGUAUGAUGAUUUAUCUGAUGAGAAUAACAAGUAUCGGAGUGAGCUGUAUGAUAAACAUCAGUAAGGUACAGGGAAUCUCAGACUGGCCGGCUGUGCCGAAUAUCUCUUUCUGCCUGCUGAGACUUUUUAUCCCUCUGAGCCCAGGUUAGCCUUCACAGUAAGUGACAGACAGGGUUAAAGCAUCCUGACUCCUAAAUGUCAAUGGGAGUGUAAGAAUAUCUACAGUAUCAAGUAUUCAACUGGGAACCUUAUUCAGCUCAAGUGUAUGCCUACAUUACAUAUGGCUGUUGAUCAAAUUAUUAAUUAAGUCAAAAAAUGUAAAAUAUUCACUACUUUCUUUUGAAAGUUUUCACCCAAGCAGGGCAAGACUACAGCAGUAUCGGUUACAGUCCAGCUUAUUUAUCGAGCCUUGUCAAAGACAUUUGUAUCACAUGUACUAACUACUUCCAGGAUCUGUUGAUUAUGUCAGACUGUUCAGUUGAGCAAUUGGGUCAUUGUUUUGAUUUGCAGACAUGACAUGAAAUCCAUAAGAAAAAGGCAACUUUGUUCAGUGGUUUUCAUUAAUAUAGAAAUCUUGUUGCGUGCUAGGUGUUACUUUUAUUCCAUUGUGUCUCUGAGAAUAUGUCUAUUAUUGUGGUUACUUUAUUCUGUUGUAUAUUUGUUUUUGUCUUGUGUUUAUCUCCAUACUGUUGUUUUUGAAAGUUGUCAAAGAAACAGGAAUAUGGAAAUGUUUUGAGCAAAGUCUGGCAGCAGCUAGUUUUAGACAAUUUACCCUGUUUGUAUGUCUGAUUUCGUGCACGUGUGUGGAUAUGUACAGUCAGAUUGUUGGUUGUGAGGCUUGUAGAUAAUUGGCAAGUAGACUUCAAAAAAUGCACCAGUGCAGUGAGAAGUUGCUUUACUUAAAUGUAUUCUGCAGCGCUAGAAUACCAGGCUUCAUGUCCAGUCCCUUUCAACUCUCACUGGAAUGCUAAAUGUGAUUUCAAGUGACUCAAGAAAAUGAAGUUGCUUUUGGUGCAUUAUUGUUGAUUGUUCUUUCUAUCAGUUUCUUCUUCUUUUUUACAAGAUAAUGUGUUUUUUGCUGUCAAAUGGGUGGUUUCUUUUCUUUGUGUCUUGGCACUGUCAAACUUAGGAGCAACGAAAAAAAUGUUCCCUUGAGAGUUUUUCUUACCUUUCAGCCAUCCCUAUCCCUUGUUCUCCUUUUGAGUUGAUCUUUUUUUUUUGGUAUAUGAUGACUUUCAGAUGUUUUAGAGUUGAAAAAUGGGGAUCAAUAAAAGUUACUCCAAUCCAAAAGUACAAGUCAAUCAUGUGGAAGAAAGCCUCAAGAGCAGGGGUUUUUCCCUACCUUUUCUUACAUCAGAUUCAAAAGAUAAUAGCUGAACAGCUUUCCUGAAUCAAAAUGGGGAAAGAAUAACAGAAACCAUGAAGAACUCAAUGACUUCCUGGCUCACUUCUCAGAGUGAUGUGGCUCAUUUCAAAGCAUUGCUGCUUGCAACAUAGAAUGUGUCUGCCUAUUAUGAAGAGGUCACCAACCAAGCGGUGGAAAAUCUCUGCUCUAAACACUAGGUGGCUCCUAAACAAACCUGAGGAACUGCUCUGCCGUAAGCUAACAAAAUGCCUUUUUUCAUUUUUGACAUCAAUUUUUUUUUUUAUUUUUGCUAAAUCGAAAGCCUGAUCAGUUACCCUACUUGUGUGAAAAAAAGUUAAACUGGGACCACUUUUUGAAUAAAUUAGAAUUCAAAUUUCGGAAGAACACCUUUUUUUAAGGGUUACGCUAACAAAAAACCUCUUUAUCUCGUAACUGCUGUGAAUUUUUAAAAAGGCGUUUUGUCAGCUUACGGCAUUACUGGUAGCAUUGGUCUGUUUUUUCUGUUCUGGAAACAUCAUUGUCUGUGAUAUUGGUCCUAGUGAAUCUUUCUUUGUGGCCUUACAGAUGUUGUUGUUCCAUGUUCCCGCCGUACCUUUCACUCGUCUUGUGACCUUCCCAGGCCUGCUGGUUCCCUAGAUGACAUUCUGUGUAUACUUAUGGGACUGUAGAUAAUCAUGUGCUCACACCUUGCUAUUUAUCACUUGAUGUAGUUUGUUAUAUUACGCAGGCUACUAAUCUGCUGGGUUUAUGUGUAAUGUUUCCGAGUACAUUGUAUGUUUGUGUAUCAUAAGGCACAAGUUCUCUAGAAGUGGCAAUUCUUGCCUGUAUAUUCUCCUAACGCAAACUGUAAGCAGUCGCUGAAUGUUUAGCUGUGUUGUGUGUAGGGUCGUAGCUAGCAGGGUAGAAGCAUGUUUGUUAACCCUGACAAAAUGCAGACGUUUAUUUUUUAGAGUUUGAAUCCGGUAGUGCCAUUUAAAUCGAACGCACAGUUUAUUCUUUUCUAGUUUCGGCACCUUUUUUUGUAAUGAUAUAGACUGUAUUUGUCAUGGUGUAUGCUCUUAGUACAAGCUACCAAAACUGUUGACUUUAUCAUGGUGGAAUUUAUUGUCGAGCCAACCUGACAUUGAGUAAAUUCAUUGAGUGUGAAUCUUAGAGUUAGGUAAGAAAAGAAUGCACAAUUAUUUAUUGCUAAAACAUUGGGGAGUUUUGAUCGUUGCUUAUAGUCUCCCUUCACCCUGAUGUAGCUAAAUAGAGUGGACCAAUUCCAGCAAAAUAAGACAAACAAAAAUCUUCUUGUAGUUUGGAAUUAUUACUUAUUUUUCAUAUAUAUCAGUUUUGGUAACAAUUUUUAAUUACUCUUUCACAACUAUCUUUUCUUCAAUUCCAGAGUUCUUUUUUUUUAAAUUUGCAGAACACAUGUCCAUGUAUGUACAGUAUUUGGUAUGUCCUACUCUCAGUUAUACGUAGUAGUAUAAACUGGAGAAACAUAAUUUUUUCUUUUCAUACCUCUACUUUAUCUAGAGAUUCGAACUUCUCUAGUAAGAUAGUUCUCCCAAAAGCAAAGUUAACAAAACUUUCAGCAUACUGAAAUGUUUAUCUAGAUUUCGUAAUAAUGUGAAUUUAUUUUUUCCAAAUACAGUCUGUUAGAUGGAUGACCGCCUUUGUUAUGUAAAACCUUUACAACUGACAAGUGGCAUUUUUAAAAGUUUGCUUCCUUUGGCACUGGCGCAGAUAUUCAGUUAGUGAAAUUUAGAAGCUUAUCAGGGAUAUGUAUUUGAUCUCAGUGCAACAGCCAGGGUAGACUACAAAGAGGUAGAGAACUGCUGAUGUCAGUUUUGAUGAAAUCAUAAAAUGAAUGUGAAUACUGGCAUAGAGACCGAGUUUUUGAAUGCCACAGAUAGUACAUAGAACAAAGAAAAAAUGGUAUCUCCAGUUCAAACUGUUUAUCAAGGUUAAUGUAGAACCAUUUCACGGCAGUACUGAAAAGGGUUUAUCUUUUGUUACUUUGUACAUUUACCACUUACUUUUUGAAAAAGACAGUCAUUGGAGAGGGGGACAUUUUAGCAAAAUCUUUCUUCAUCUCUUCAGAAUCUAAAUUACUAUGUCAGCUGACGUUAUUUUAGUAGCUCUAUGCGUGGUCUGUUUGGUUAUCUCAGUUAUUGCCAGUUCAGGUCAGGAAAUGAUUUUAAUACCUGUGCCAAUUCUAGCAAGUUUUGUUUUGUUCUGUUUGAUGAGGAGAGCUUCAGGAAUGGUUGCCUGUAACAUGAUUCUUCAUACACUGUCUGUGCUUUUGAUGCUACUGUCCUUAUUUAUUUACACUAAACAUGUCCAUUUCUUUUAACUUGAUCACUGUUUUGAUGAUAAAAGAAAUCUCAUUUGUCAAUAAUUGUUCUAUUUGUAAAGCUGCACAAUUAUGCUUUGUACUUGUACUUAUUGAUGCUGAUAUCAAUGUGAAGAAAGAGAGAGAUAUAAUUUAUAUUGUUAUACGAUUUUAUUUUGAUGUAAUUUUGUAAUGUCUUCUAACUUGAAAGAUAUACAUAUAUGUGAACUGGUUUGUUGUUUGGUACAAACAAAAAUGUGUUGACCCAAAUGCCAUUUAUUGUUGCAAGCUGUAUCCUGCUCUAACAAAUAUCAACUAAAGUGUACAUAGAAAAACAAUCAUUAUUUCGUGCCAUGCGUGGGGACUCCCGGCAAAUGUAAACGACUGUCACUCUGAAGGGCGAGCUGAUCCUCUUCUUUUUUUUUCCUUGUUUCAACGCUGACUUUAUGCCAGUCUUUGGCAGUUGUCAAUACGUGAGAGCUUGUGGGUCAUGUUUGGAGGGUUUUUGUUCAAACAUCUAGAACCCCUUUGUUACUCAAAGAUUCUUUAUCAUUAAUGGAGCCUAUUACUAAUUGAUUUUCACUGUUGUGUUGUCUAGUACCAUAUUGUUUUACCACUCUGUGACUGUUACCAUAUUUUGUUGUUUGAAAUAUUCUUUUGUAUAAGAAUGUGAAGUAGACCAUGGCUGUUUAUGAAAGUAGGAAGUAUUGGGAGUUUUGUGGACUUGUUUUUGUCUUAAUUUUCUCUGACUUUCUGCCUAUGUUCAAUAACCUUGUACUUUUAGUUUCUCAUAAUCAUUACAAAUUGUGUUGUGUAUGUUUCAGUGUUGUAGAAACUACAUGUAACUGUCCUCAGACUGCCUGUACAUACACUUUCCUAUCUAUUAUUACGUGACUAAUGAAAUGUACAAGCAUUAUCAUGUUGUGAUGUUUGCUAGUCUCGAUGUCGUGAGGGGUUCAAGGUCACAGGAAUAUAGCCCAAACGUCAAAAAGGGAAGUAAUUCACAGUCUCAUAUAUUUCUAAUGCUCUGAAGUUUUAUUUCGCUGCUCUCUUUGAUAUUUAUUAUUCAUCCCCCCCCCCCCCCCCCUUCAGUUCUUGAGCACCCAAGCUAGAUCUUUCUAGGAAUAUUUGACGAGAACAAUAUUUUACUUUAAAAAAUUUUAUUGAAUGGACUUCAAGGUAAAUGGUCACACAAAUUUCAUUUUUAUACCUCCAAGGUCUUCUCACAUCUAACAUAUGGAAACAGUUUUUUCAAGCAGACUGAAAAACUGUAGUUCAAGCCUUCAGCAGUACAAUUAUCGUUCAGAGAGACCUUGUGAUUUAUGAUUUCAUGUACAUUUUUAAUAAGUUCCAACAUGGUCAUUCUUUACCAAGGUAUUAAUUAUGAGCAUGGACUAAGUUUUAUUCAAUUGUCUGAAAAUUUCAAACAUAUUUUUGUCCCCAAAUGUUGUGUCACAUUCUGUAGAAAUCACGCAUUACAUUUUUACUAGGUUUCCGCUCCCUUAACUUGUAUGCUGUUCACAAAAUAAAAGUAGUAAGCGUAAGCUGUUCUCUGAACUACAGAACUGAAGGUCUUGUGCAUAGAAGUCAGAAGGUAAAGAUUUGCAUCUUAAGUGUUUCAGACUACGAAGUCACUCUCACAUUAAUCUGACGAAGUUUUUACAUUUCAUGGAUUCUGUGAAAUGUAACCCUGAGGAGACAAAGUUACCUUUUCACAAUUUGUUUAAUUUCUGUAGGGUGAGAAAUGGUAUCAAAAACACACCUCAGCAAUCACUGAUAGCUUAUGAAAUAUUCAUGUGUACAAUGUUACCAUUUUGUAAUGAUCACGACCCACAUUAAAAUAUAUAUAUAAAAUAUAUAUCUAUAA